AUGGCUCCCUCUAAAGUAGAUACCAUCUCCUUCGACACCUUCUCCAAUGUCAUCAACGGUCAACUUCGCAGCUCAAAAACAAAGUACCAGGGUAUCGACCCGACCACCAAGCAGCCCAACUGGGACGUCCCUGUGGCUACCCCCGAGGACAUUGAGGAUGCUGUUGCCGCCGCCAACAAGGCGUUUGCCGAGUGGAAGAACACGACAUGGGAAUACCGUGUCGAACGCCUUGCCCGCCUCAAGGAAGCCUUCGAGGUCUAUCAGGAGGAGUUCACCAACCUGCUCCUCAAGGAGACGGGUAAGCCACGGGGUAUUGGUGCCUACGAGGUGCAGGCCUGCUCUGCCUACAUCGACUGGCAUAUGAAGUUGAAGGAGCCCAAGGGUGAAACGGAAGACCUUCCCACUAAAACCGUCGUCCACAAGUUUGUCCCGUUGGGUGUCGCAGCGGCCAUUUGCCCCUGGAAUUUCCCUCUAGUGCUCAGUCUGGGCAAGGUAUUGCCGGCCGUGCUGAUGGGAAACGCCGUCAUCGUGAAGCCUAGUCCUUUUACUCCGUACACCGCUCUGAAGAUGGUUGAAGUCGCCAACCAGGUCUUCCCUCCCGGCCUCGUCCAGGCGCUGGGCGGCGACGACAAACUCGGCCCGGCCCUCGUCGAACAUCCUGACAUCCACAAGAUCAGCUUCACCGGCUCAAUCGCCACCGGCAAGAAAGUCAUGGCCGGUGCAGCGAAGACGGUCAAGCGUGUCACCUUGGAGAUGGGCGGCAAUGACCCGUCAAUCGUGCUCCCUGACGCCAACAUUGCCAAAGUGGCUCCCAUGGUUGCCAUGGGUGCAUUUAUGAACACUGCCCAAGUCUGCAUCGCCGUAAAACGCAUCUAUGUGCAUUCGUCCAUGUACGACGAAUUCCUGGCCGCGCUCGUCACGGCGACCAAGAACCUCAAAGUCGGCAACUCCAACGACGAAGGCGUCAUGCUGGGCCCCGUCCAGAACGGCAUGCAGUACGAAAAGGUCAAGACCUUUUUCAAGGACACCAAGGAGCACGGCUACAAGUUCGCCCUCGGGUCCGGCGACGUGCCCGACAACCAGGGCUUCUUCAUCCAGCCCACCAUCGUCGACAAUCCGCCCGAUGACAGCAUGAUUGUGAAGGAAGAGCCCUUUGGCCCCAUUGUGCCCGUGCAGAAGUACGACGACCUGGACGAGGUGAUCCAGCGCGCCAACAAGUUCAAGGUCGGUUUGGGGGCUACCAUCUUCGGCACGGACCCCAAGAAGCUGCAGGAAGUCGCCGACAAGCUGGACGCCGGGUCCGUCUGGAUCAACACGCCCCCCGGAUCCGGGCCUGAGGCUCAGUUCGGCGGUGUCAAGGAGAGUGGUAUCGGCACCGAGUUCGGCACCUUGGGUAUUUUGGCCUACGCCAACGUCAAGGCCAUCACGACGGCGAAGGACGUGUAG